UCACUCGAGAUGUGUGGGUGACUGUAAUCAAACACCGCGGAGUCUAGCAGUGUGUGAGGUGCGUCUCGGUUGAAUCCAAACUGCGUUUAAACUUUACGAAGGACAGUCCAGUUCGCGGUCAAGCAGCGCCGAGUCAUAGCAUGGAACAAUCAUCUGGGUUGAUGGGCGUGAAGAGGCUUCACAGACGCCUGCUGCAGGCCGCCUGGCUGUGGGGUCUGUUGACUGUCCAGGUUCACAGCUGUCCUGAUAGCUGCAGCAAGUGUUCAGGGCCAGAAAACGACAAGUGUCAGGAAUGCAAAGCUGGGUGGACACUCCAUAAUAACACCUGUGUAGACAUUGACGAAUGUGGCACUGAGCUGGGGAACUGUUUUGUCAACAGUUACUGCUUUAAUACAGAAGGAUCCUAUGAGUGCAGAGGUUGUGAUGUGGCCUGUGUGGGCUGUAUGGGCAGUGGACCCGCUCGCUGCAGGAAAUGUGCUUCCGGCUACAGACUGACGGGGUCCAAAUGUUUGGAUAUAGAUGAAUGUAGCGACCGGGUACUUGCCUGUCAGGGUCUGGAUGAGAUUUGUACCAACACAGAAGGCUCUUUUCGCUGUGACUGUGCUGAAGGGUUCAUUCGCAAGAACAGUGUUUGUAUAAGGAAGCAGCUGCCUAGCGUUGAGGAGAAGGGUCUGUUUGAUGAUAUCCAGGAUGAGGAGGUGGAGGUGCUGCAGCAGAUGUUUUUUGUCGUCGUGCUUUGUGCUCUGGCCACACUGGCAGCCAAGGGAGAUUUGGUCUACACGUCUGUAUUCAUGGGAGCCCUGGCGGCCAUGGCGGGCUACUGGCUUUCUGAUAGAGGAGACCGUUUGCUAGACAGCUUCCUCAAGGGACGUUAAAGCUGCAAAACGACAAUUCAGUUUGUGUAACGUCUUGGAACUGGAUGCUGCAUUUAAACAUGCACUCAGUUUCGUACUGUGAAGGUGGUUUAAUUGAGUCCGCACUGAAAAACCUUUGCCCAUGUUUGUCGUCAUCGUGCUUCUGCCUUAGUGCCUUUCCUUCUUGAAGCCAGAGGUCGCUCGUUGUGUAACUGAAAACAAUCUGCAGUGUCCCAUAAAGCAUUUUUCCCCAUCACAAAAGAGAAGACAGGUCCCCGCUGCAAGGUCAGCUUUUAUGCCUUCCCUCUUGUGACAGCCAUGGCCAGAGGCAUUAUGUUUUUAGGUUGUUUUUCAAGAGAAUUUUUUCAUUCAUUUCACACAAGCGGCUAACGCGACGAAAUGGUGAGGUGACAGUAUUUCAUAUCCAAAGUGCCAAAGGUCAGAAUCUCUGUAACAUAAGGUCAUUUUAGUUUUUGUUUUUUUGUUUGUUUGUUUUUUUGAGGUGGAUGUUUAAUUGACAGAAAGUUGAGUUUUCACUCUGCAGGACAAACGGAGCUAAGCUCCCCACAUUAACAGCACAUACAAACGAGGAAUGGAGCAGCGUAACCCCAAGCUGAGUAAAACAGGGCUGUUCUCAGGUGUACUAACAGGUGGAGCUGUAGCUUUAAUAACAAACUGAUGCCUGUAUCCCUCUGUGGGAUAAAUGAAAGAAUUAUCUUAUUUUAUAAACCGUGUAGUAUAGUAUUAGCUUCAUAGACAGUAUCAAUCACUGUGUAUUACAUCCAUGUUCAUAUUUUAAGGUUUAAAUGUUGAAAUAAAUACCUUUGUUUGUUUUUAGCA